CGAUUUGGAAAGCUAGGGAGGAGGAGGAGGGGGAGAGGCAGAGGGAAACCCAGCCCACCCUUCGGCUUCCUCCAGCCUCCUUCUAAAACUUGCAGAUUCCUCCAGCCUGUCCAAGCGCCUGAAGUACCCUCAGCCGUGCUGCCGGGACUGCGAGGUCUGCUGAAAGAUGAGGGCCUGGAUUUUCUUCCUUCUCUGCCUGGCAGGAAAAGCCCUGGCAGCGCCGCAGGAGGCUCUGCCCGAUGAGACCGAGGUCAUCGAAGAUCCCACCACAGAGGAGCCCGUGGGGGCUAAUCCCGUCCAGGUGGAGGUGGGAGAGUUCGAGGAACCCACCGAGGAUGUAGAGGAGAUUGUUGCAGAGAACCCCUGCCAGAACCACCACUGCAAGCACGGCAAGGUGUGCGAGGUGGAUGACAACAAUUCGCCCAUGUGUGUGUGCCAGGACCCCUCCAGCUGCCCCGCCACCGCCGGCGUCUUCGAGAAGGUCUGUGGCACUGACAACAAGACCUACGACUCCUCCUGCCAUUUCUUUGCCACCAAGUGCACCUUGGAGGGAACCAAGAAGGGACACAAGCUGCACCUGGACUACAUUGGGCCUUGCAAAUUCAUCCCUGCCUGCCUGGACACUGAGCUGACCGAGUUCCCCCUGCGCAUGCGGGACUGGCUCAAGAACGUGCUGAUCACUCUGUACGAGCGCGACGAGGACAACAACCUGCUGACCGAGAAGCAGAAGCUCAAGGUGAAGAAGAUCCAUGAGAACGAGAAGCGUCUGGAGGCCGGUGACCACACCGUGGAGCUCCUGGCAAGGGACUUUGAGAAGAACUACAACAUGUACAUCUUCCCUGUGCACUGGCAGUUCGGGCAGCUGGACCAGCACCCCAUUGAUGGGUACCUGUCCCACACCGAGCUGGCCCCGCUGCGAGCUCCCCUGAUCCCCAUGGAGCACUGCACCACUCGCUUCUUCGAGGCCUGUGACCUGGACAACGACAAGUACAUCGCCCUGGAGGAGUGGGCCAGCUGCUUCGGCAUCAAGGAGAAGGACAUAGACAAGGAUCUUGUGAUCUAAACACUUGCCUUCCUGCUCUGCUGCCAACUUUGUCAUGUUUUAACCUUCCCACUUCCUUUGGUUUUUAAACUGCUUUUGUUUUGUUUUGUUUUGUUUUUCCCUGGGAACAAGGUGCUAAUAUAGGUCUAAACAUAUGUAGUAACGGUGCUAAGAGAAAUAACAGUCCUCUUUCAUAGCCUUAUCUAUUACCACUAGAUUACUCAUCCAGCUGUUUCCACACACUUACCAGCCUUUUCUCCCUCCUACCUGUCUUUACUGCCUAUUGUUUCUGUGCUAAAUAUCCGCUCUGCCUCACCAUCCGCUCCAUCAACUUCUCUUAACUUCUCACUAACAUGGUGUUCCUGGACACAUCAGACACGAAACCCUCUCAGCUGAUUCACCACCCCGUCACAGAUGCCAGCGAGGGAAGGCAGAGCCAGAGGAUGUAGGAGGAUUGGGUUCUCAAGCAGAGCAGCUGCAGGUGACAUUGUGGCCGCCCAGCUCGUGGUAGGAAGGAUGGAGAGGGGUGAGAAAGACAGAGUGGUGGGAUUUUGUUUUCUUCUUUUUUUUUUUUUUCCUUCCCUCCCAUUCCCAGGGCUUGAAUUUAGCAGUUAUUGGGCACAGAAAAAAAAAUAAAUAAAAAAAAAAAAUUGAGAAAUUGAACAAGUGAACAGGGAAGCGCACAGAAUUUAAAACAAAUAAGAUGAAAUUAUUCCCAUCCUGUAAAAUCCUCUUGAAUAAUAAAGGUUUGAAAGUGCUACAUGCUUCACCAUCACUCAAUGACCACGCUGCUGUCGUGUUUUCUGUGCGAGAUGGGGUGUGGCCGCCUGUUCCCCGGGGUGUGUGUGGCUCACCUUGAUGUUGUGAUUCAGCUGUAGGUGAGAUAAAGCUCUUGGCUCUCCCCAAAUCACAGUGCCCUUAAGCACUUCCCACCCCUCUGCCUUGGCUGUGCUUAAAUUCCAGCCCUGCUGUCCCAGGGAAGCUGUGUCAGACUUGGAAGGGAUAUUUCUGCCCAGAAAGUGGAGUCUUUGCCACAUGCUCGAGGGAAAGGCUGUAAUAUUUUUUCCUGUUGUGGAUUUAAGGGAUGCAAAGGAUGGAAGGGAGAAGGUAUGUAGAUUUUGCUUUAUAUGAGAGGGUCCUGACAGGAGCAAAGUGAUGGUUUAAUCUCACAGGCUGAGAACUCUUUUUUUACCUCUGAAUGUUCCCUGUGCCUUAUAUUAUUAAAUUUCUGCCACAGUGUGAGCAACCUGAUGAGUCUCUGUAAUAAAAAAUACUGAUUUGAAACACUGACAAUAAA